CGUUGGACCAUGUGGAUUUGUGUUUAACAGUGCAGUUAUACAGUACAUGAUCUAAAGUUAAAACAUGGGGAAAAACAACAAGGUUAAAGCUAACGAAUCCUCGCAACGGACGUCCAAGAAAGAACAGACGCUAAGCAAGAAGAAACAGAAGCGAGAUGCUAAGCCACGGCCGGAGGAACACCUGGACCAGAUCCCUUUCCGGCUGCGCGAAAUCAUGAAGAGCAAGGAACGGAUGAAGAUCGGCGCGAGCAAGCUCAAAAAGAUGAAGAAAGCCAUGGCGCCCAAGCCUGACGCUGGGGACGCGGGGAUGCCGGACAUCCCUGUCCCGCACUUCCGGAGGCGCAGGAAGGAGUCGGAGAAGGCCUACCUGCGACGCAUGGGCCAGGAGACGCAGCACGUGCUCUUCCUCACCAAGAACCAGGUGGACCGCCAGCCAGAGCUGGAGCAGCAGGACCAGGAGCAACCGGCCGACCAGCGCAAAUCGGAGAAGAAGAGGGAGUUUGACAGAGUGCGGCUUCAGCGGCUACAGAAGAAGAAGACCGAGAGGAAGGAGCAGAAGGAGGAGAAGGAGCAGUUUACCGACAAAGUGCACUUUGGUGAGGUUGCCAUGGCCCCCCCGUCCCUAACAGCCAAACCCAAGAAGGCGCCCAGCAAGUCUCAGGGGGCGCCAAAGGGGCUUCUGCUGAACUCUCUCCUUGGCCACACCUCUGUCUCCACAGCCAAGCCUUCCAUGGCGAGGCAGAGGAUGAUGGAGGAAGAGCGGGAACGUGUGGUCCAGGCUUACAGACACCUGAAGAAACUCAAGCAGGAACGACAAGGGGCCCAGGGGGCGGGGCUUGGCAGGCUACAGGACCCUCAGUGAGGCUGAGGGGUGGGACUAAACCCUGGAAGGAGCUUCAGGCAGAAUUAAACCCUAGUGCUUCAGGAAAUGUAUACUUCCUUCAACAUUUUUAUAUUCAGUGAAUUUAAUUGCGGUACCCCUCUCCAGGGAAACUGUCAGAGCUUAUAUUUUUGUAUAGGUUUCCCAUUUACACCACGGAAUAUUCACUGAAGCAGCAGGGGUUAAGUGCUGUGCUGAGAGGCACGACAGCAGUGACCCACUUGGGAUUUGAACUCGCAACGGUCUGGGUUCAGGUCAAGUUCCUAUAAACCAUUACACCACAUUGGUACCCAGUCGGCCUUCCUGUGGAUGGAGCUGAGCAGUUAUGAUGCUUAAAAUCAAGCUCAUUUUUCCAAGAAGUCCUGCCUGCCUGGUCAUCAUUAGAACUGAACCCCCAUCCUUUAAUUUUGGGUCUGGUUCUGCUCCUCUCUACAGACUGUGAACAGGGUAUUUAGAUUCUUAGAUGA